AUGGCCCAGCCCGGACAAGCCGCGACGCCGGCGCCCAGAGCCGCCCUGCCCUGGAGCGCGCACAGCCUGCGGGGCUGCCCGCUGCCCCGCCCCUCCAGAGUGGACGCCGUCAGCCUCGGCAGGUACCGGGGCUCCGCCACCGCCUCCCGGCAGGCCUCCGUGCAUGGCUCGCUGACGCACUCGGGAGCGGGCUCGGGGCGCCGGCGGGGAAUGCUGCGGGAGCUGCUGGGGCUGCAGGGAGCCGCUCCCGCCGGGUGGCAGCCCGAGGGGCGCACGGAGGAGCAGCCCCCGGGCGGGCCGAACGGCGCGGGCAGCGGCAGGCUGUGCCUGGAGCCCCGGGAGCACGCGUGGAUACUGGCGGCCGCCGAGGGCCGCUUUGAGGUGCUGCGGGAGCUGCUGGAAGCCGAGCCGGCGCUGCUCCUUCGGGGCGACCCGAUCACCGGCUACUCGGUGCUGCACUGGCUGGCCAAGCACGGGCGCCACGAGGAGCUCAUCUUGGUGCACGAAUUCGCCAAGCGCCGGGGUCUGCAGCUCGACGUGAGCGCCCCGGGCAGCGGCGGCCUCACGCCCCUUCACCUGGCGGCUCUGCAGGGCCACUACCUGGUCAUCAAGGUGCUGGUGGGCGCCUUGGGAGCUGACCCCACGCGCCGUGACCACAGCGGCCACCGGGCCUGUUACUACCUGAAGCCCGACGCACCCUGGAGCCUGCGAGAGCUGUCAGGGGCUGAAGACUGGGAGAAGGCGAGCGACAGUGAGCGGGACAACGCCAACAACAACAGCAGCAGCGGCGCCGCCCCCACCACCGGGUGGACGCUGCGAAGGACUCUGAACUCAUUGGGUGCGAUGGCCGCGGAGACGACGACGACGAGAGAGGUGGCGUUGCCCAGCAAGGAGAAGGACUCGGCGGGCAGCCGGAUGGCGCAAAUUCAGGGUUUUUUUCGCCAGAUAUUCCCCUUCUUCCAGGACCGUUGA